UGUCAAUUCAUUGAUGUAAUGUACGUACACGUACCUACUUAAAAAUCUGAUUGAGUAAGGAGUAAAUAAAAACGAUUUGUUAUUGUAUGUCCAAUCCAUUUAGUUCUUUGUUAUUCAAAUAAGUUAAAAACAAUUAACUAUUUCUUGUGAAAAUAUAUCAUUCGUCGCUAUUCGCUGAGAAACUUUUAAAAUGCCGAAAGUCGUGUCAAGAAGUAUUGUUUGCUCAGACACCAAAGAUCAGGAAGAAUACAAUGAAACGAAACCGUUGCAUAUCUAUUACUGCAUUUGCGGACAAAUGACCCUUAUCCUGGACUGUACUAUAGACCGCUUGCCGCUGCGGCCAACGGACGGCGCGCGCGUUAUCGACGGUUCCAAACAUGCACACAAAAUCACAUCAGACCCAGAUGAGACCAUUUACUUGAAGCGCGAAAAAGGCAUCGAGAGGCAGUACAGGAUGAAAUGCAAGAAGUGUGCAGUACCCUUAUAUUACAAGCACAACCAGGAUAACAAUAUAGUUUUUAUUAUGCGAGGGGCGUUAGUGCAAACGGCAGGCGAAAGUGGCGUUACUGACAUCUAUAAGCAAGUCGCUUUGACUCAACCCAAGAAAAUUAUGGUCACAAAACAUACAAAGAAUAUGGGUAAAUUCAGUUCUGUUACUGUUUCAACUAUAGAUGAGGAAGAAGAUGAAAUAGAAGCGAGAGAAGUGGCCGACAGUUACGCAAACAAUGCCAGGAUCAUUGAAAAGCAACUCGAGAGGAAAGGAAUGAAUAAACGGCAAGCAGAGACGCCUGUACAGACUACAGAAAAGAGAGUGAGAGGGACUUUGAUUGAUAAAUAAAUGGUUUUAUAAAUUA